GUGCAGCAGCAGAGACAACAAUCGGACGAGCUCCUCCCCAUCGACGUCGCCCGCCGACGUCGUCGUCGACCACGAGGUUCCUUCUUCUCCCACCCGAUUCGGCCGCGCAAAUCCGAUCAAGCUGGAAUUGAUGGAGUUGGAGAACAUCGUCGCGAACACUGUGUACCUGAAAGCGAGAGAAGGCGGUGGUGACAGCAACAAGGGCAAGAGUAAGAAAUGGCGGAAGAUACUUCAGUUCCCGCAUAUUUCCCAAUGCAUCGGCCUAAAAGAUAAACUAGACAUCAGGUACGGCUAUGUGGUGGACCAGCAGCCGAUCGGGCGGCUGCUCUUUCGACAGUUCUGCCAGGACAAGAAACCGGCCUAUCAUCGUUACAACCUGUUUCUGGACGCGAUCGAGAAGUACGAGAUCGAGCUAGAUGAAACUCGCAUCGAGCUGGCGAAGGAGUUGUUCGAGCAAUAUCUGAAGCGAGAAGGCUCGGAAGUGGUCGACAUUCUGAACGACUCCUUGAUUUCCCAAUGCGAGGAACGACUUAGUACCGGUGGUAAGGAGCUCUUCGUCGAGGUCGCGCAGACCGUGAAGAACUUCUUGGCCGGCGAGCCGUUCUCGGCCUUUCUCAGCAGUUUUUACUUCUACAGGUAUCUCCAGUGGAAAUGGCUGGAGGCGCAGCCAGUAACGUACAAGACCUUCCGGAUGUAUCGGGUGCUGGGCAAGGGCGGUUUCGGUGAGGUCUGCGCUUGCCAAGUGCGCGCCACCGGUAAAAUGUACGCGUGCAAGAAGCUGGAGAAGAAGCGUAUCAAGAAGCGGAAGGGUGAGUCGAUGGUGCUGAUCGAGAAGAAUAUCCUACAGAAGAUCAACUCCAAGUUCGUCGUCUCGCUCGCGUAUGCGUAUGAGACGAAGGACGCGCUCUGUCUCGUGCUGACAAUCAUGAACGGCGGCGAUCUCAAGUUCCACAUUUACAACAUGGGCGGCGAGCCAGGUUUCGACAUCAAUCGCGCCCGAUUCUAUGCGGCCGAGGUGGUGUGCGGCUUGGAGCAUCUUCAUCUUCAGGGUAUCGUCUACAGGGAUUGCAAGCCAGAGAACAUACUGCUGGACGAUCACGGUCACGUGAGGAUAUCCGAUCUCGGUCUCGCGGUGGAGAUCACCGAGGGCGAUAUGGUACGCGGUAGGGUUGGCACGGUGGGUUACAUGGCGCCUGAAGUGAUCGACAACGAGAAGUACACCUUCUCGCCGGACUGGUUCAGCUUCGGGUGCCUGUUAUACGAGAUGAUCGAAGGUCAAGCACCGUUUCGUGCUCGUAAGGAGAAGGUCAAGCGGGAGGAGGUCGACAGACGCGUCAAGGAGGAUCAGGAGAGGUAUUCGUCCAAGUUCAGCGAGGAUGCCAAGAGUCUGUGUCAGCAGUUGCUGAAGAAGAGCCCGAAGAACAGACUCGGCUGCAAGUGCGGCCGACACGGGGCGAAAGAGGUGAAGCUCCAUGGUUUCUUUCAGUGUUUGAACUGGAAGAGGGUCGAGGCCGGUAUGUGGGAACCGCCAUUUGUGCCGGAUCCUCGCGCGGUUUACGCCAAAGACGUUCUAGACAUCGAGCAGUUCUCCACAGUAAAAGGUGUCAAUUUAGACGCCACGGACGAUACCUUCUAUAGCAAGUUCAACACCGGCAGCGUGUCCAUUCCAUGGCAAAAUGAGAUGAUAGAGACUGAGUGUUUUAAGGAGCUGAACGUACUAGGUCCUAACAACACGCCCACCGCAGACUUAUUGGUAAAUCAUACUCCGCCCAACAAUGAGGACAGAGGAUGUUUUCCCUUUCGGAGAAAGAGAAAGCAGAGCGCUCGCACAAGGGAAGUCCCGUUGUCGGAAUGUUAUCUGCAAGAGUUGUCGCAGACGCAGAGCUCGGAAAUGCCGGCCAGCUGAUCCAGGAUGAAUGCAAAUAACAGCCUGAAUCGAUCGACGUCGUCGCCGUUUCGACACUGUUGCCGCGGCUGACGAUGACGUGUGUCCAGAUGCUGCUGUUGCCAGCGGCUGCUGUGAUAAAAGCAAGCCGAUCUUUCCGAUUUUUCCCCUCGGCAUCCGACUUCUCGGUAAUCGUUGUACGAACGCGGUUACACGGCUCGUUUAAUAGGAAAUCAACUGCGAACUGUCGAAAGUGUCAUAAUCCCCGACAUAUUCUCUUGGAUUCACUAGAUCGGAUCUGCAAUUCGCGCGAUCGGAAAUUCGCGAUUCUACACGCAUAUACAUAGCCAUACACGACAUACGCCAGUAUUGAAUACAGUCAGGUGGUAGGUAUACGUUCGUUACCAAAUAUAUCUUCCUCGAGUACGACACGCACUUUUGUGCGUAUAUCGACCUGCUUUAUUGAGCCUCGAUGUGUUUCGAUUUAUGAAUGACAGAUGAGGAUUCAGAGCGGCAUAUGGAUAGAUGAUUAUCUUAUUCGACGUGAUUACGAGGUACGUGUCAUUUUCCGAGAAUACGGGAAAUUUAGUUUUCAAAAUGUGCAGCAGCGAAGAGCAUUUUAUUUUUCGUUGAAUCAUAAAAUGCUCGAAAUUUUCAAUCUCGUGUUUCGGCCGUAUUUUAAGUUGAGAAGCAACUUAGGAGGGAUGAGAAAAACAAGUAUACAUUUAGGUGUAGAAAACUGCAAGCGGAUGUGCAAUCAUAUAUUUGUGUACGUAAAAAAUGUUUAUAUGUACUUACGAAAUUUUUUUAAAUUGAGACUACGUA